CGGCGAGGUGCUGACGCGCGUGGACAGCGGCGCGCGCACCGUGGCUCUUGGCGCUCGCAGCCCUCCGCCAUGCCCUCCUACACGGUCACCGUGGCCACCGGCAGCCAGUGGUUCGCUGGCACCGACGACUACAUCUACCUCAGCCUCGUGGGCUCCGCGGGCUGCAGCGAGAAGCACCUGCUGGACAAGCCCUUCUACAACGACUUCGAGCGCGGCGCGGUGGAUUCUUAUGAUGUGACAGUGGAUGAAGAACUGGGUGACAUCCAGCUGGUCAAAAUCGAGAAGCGCAAGUACUGGAUCCACGAUGACUGGUACCUGAAGUACAUCACGCUGAAGACACCCUAUGGGGAUUACAUCGAAUUCCCUUGCUACCGCUGGAUCACCGGGGAGGGCGAGAUUGUCCUGAGAGAUGGACGCGCAAAGCUGGCCUGCGAUGACCAAAUUCACAUUCUCAAGCAGCACAGACGUAAAGAGCUGGAAACACGGCAAAAACAGUAUCGAUGGAUGGAGUGGAACCCUGGCUUCCCUUUGAGUAUUGAUGCCAAAUACCACAAGGAUUUACCCCGAGACAUCCAGUUUGAUAGUGAGAAGGGUGUGGAUUUCGUUCUGAACUACUCCAAAGCGAUGGAGAACCUGUUCAUCAACCGCUUCAUGCACAUGUUCCAGUCUUCCUGGAGCGACUUCGCUGACUUCGAGAAAAUCUUCGUCAAGAUCAGCAACACUAUUUCAGAGCGAGUCAUGAAGCACUGGCAGGAAGACCUCAUGUUUGGCUACCAGUUCCUGAAUGGCUGCAACCCGGUGUUGAUCCAGCGCUGCACAAAGCUGCCCAAGAAGUUCCCUGUGACCACAGAGAUGGUGGAGUGCAGCCUGGAGCGGGAGCUCACCUUGGAGCAGGAGAUGGAGCAAGGGAACAUUUUCAUCGUGGACUUUGAGCUGCUGGAUGGCAUCGAUGCCAACAAAACUGACCCCUGCACUCUGCAGUUCCUUGCGGCGCCCAUCUGCUUGCUGUACAAGAAUCUGGCCAACAAGAUUGUCCCCAUCGCUAUCCAGCUCAACCAAGUCCCAGGAGAUAAAAACCCGAUUUUUCUGCCUUCGGAUGCAAAAUAUGACUGGCUUUUGGCCAAAAUCUGGGUGCGCUCCAGUGACUUCCACGUCCACCAGACCAUCACCCACCUUCUGCGCACGCAUCUGGUGUCUGAAGUUUUUGGCAUUGCCAUGUACCGCCAGCUGCCCGCUGUGCACCCCAUUUUCAAGCUGCUGGUGGCACACGUGCGGUUCACCAUUGCCAUCAACACCAAGGCCCGCGAGCAGCUCAUCUGCGAGUACGGCCUCUUCGACAAGGCCAAUGCCACAGGGGGUGGUGGACACGUGCAGAUGGUGCAGAAGGCCAUGCAGGACCUGACCUAUACCUCCCUGUGCUUCCCUGAGGCCAUCAAAGCUCGGGGUAUGGACAGCACAGAGGACAUUCCCUACUACUUCUACCGGGAUGACGGGCUCCUGGUGUGGGAGGCCAUCAAGACGUUCACGGCCGAGGUGGUAGGCAUCUACUACAAGAGUGACCAGGUGGUGGCAGAGGACCAGGAGCUGCAGGACUUUGUGAAGGACGUUUAUGUGUAUGGCAUGCGGGGCAAGAAGACCUCAGGCUUCCCCAAGUCCAUCAAGACCAGAGAGAACCUUUCGGAGUACCUGACAGUAGUGAUCUUCACAGCCUCAGCCCAGCAUGCAGCCGUGAACUUCGGCCAGUAUGACUGGUGCUCCUGGAUCCCCAAUGCCCCCCCAACCAUGCGGGCCCCCCCGCCAACAGCCAAAGGUGUGGUGACAAUCGAGCAGAUCGUGGAUACACUGCCAGACCGUGGCCGCUCCUGCUGGCAUCUGGGCGCAGUGUGGGCCCUAAGCCAGUUCCAAGACAAUGAGCUAUUCCUGGGCAUGUACCCAGAAGAGCACUUCAUCGAGAAGCCUGUAAAAGAGGCUAUGGCCCGAUUCCGCAAGAACCUCGACACCAUUGUCAGCGUGAUUGCCGAGCGCAACAAAAACAAGAAGCUGCCAUAUUACUACUUGUCCCCAGACCGGAUUCCCAAUAGUGUGGCCAUCUAAGUGACCACCUGAGCCAGUCUCACUUGUAGGUGGCCAGCUGCCUGCGACUGGGCUCGGCAGUCAGACUCCAGCCUGCCCAGGUGGGCAGGUACACCGGGCGGCCCUGGGGCAGACCUGCCAGCUCCGCCGAGGGUGCCAGGAUUCCUGGCACUUCCACCCUCAGGCCCCAGGCUGACUGGCUUCAAACCAAAGGCUGCCCAGGUUGGGCCACAUUCAGCUUAAGCUUCGGUGUAUUUUCCAGUUUGUUCCUCAGUCUUUAGUGAAUCCUAUACUUUGAUCAAUGUGGAUACGCCGCGGGAUGCCUCCUACACAGAGCAGGACUGUGAAGCUUCCUGCCUACACCUAGCUCAGUGCUUCCGCACCACUCAGCAAGUCAGGACGACUGGUAGAUGCUUGUUCUUACUGGGAGACAUGGAAAUGAUUAUUUUCUGUUCUAUUUAUGCUUGGUCCAAUUUCUUGCAUAUAUUAAGUACCCAAAUAAACCCUUGGGGAAUGAAUUAAGAAUUGGUUGUCAUAAAAAUAAAGGAGUGCAUUUAAAAUA